AGUAUUGCACCAUCAAGUUGCAAUAAAAGCAGCUUUCCCAGCUUCUGCAAGGUCACCCCCACUGAUCCAAAGGUUCUGAGCCAAUAGCAAAACUGCUUGUCUGCCUCUAGCCAGCUUAUUGAAAAGAGAUCUGACACCUCUCCUAAAACCAAAAAACCCUUCUGGUCCUCACCCUACCCUCUUGCUGGGGUCUCGCCAAAGAAGAAUAGUUGCCUAUUGCACUCUCACAUUGUGCAGUAGGCUAUCGAUUGCUGAGCUAAGAAGCAACCUUCAAAGCCGCUUUCCAGGCCAAAGGGCCUCGACGUCAGUCAGAUUUUAAUCACCCGAACUCGAAUAUCGAAUAGAGCAUUGUUACUAAAACUGAACUAGAUAUUUUGACUUCAUCAAUAGAGAUUACCUCUUCCGGAAGCUUUUCAACCAAUUUCAAGAUUUCAUCCCAAUUUACAACCGCUCAACAAAAUUCUAAGGUAUGGCCAGUAGUAAAUUAUCCCCAGCAACCUGUUUCGGUCUCAUACGAAAUGAUCGAUUGUCAAGAACUGAAAGACUGGGACCGUAUCGCGGUCCCGGGGAGGAUCGCACUAUCCCCAAUCGAGGACAGCUUUGGGUCCUUCGAAGACCUGACGAGCUUCUUCACGAUGGAUGUGACCUCUCCCAAAAUGCUCACUCCACUCCAGAGUUCCAGUGCUAUGUUUAGUGCUGGUAACUUUGGUGAUCCACGACCUCCGGAGGUAGCCACUGACACUCACCCUGACCUGGACGCCGUCCUCCUCGACGUUCUCAUCUCUAAUCUAAACAAUGGAGCAGAGCUUGAUGUCCAGGAAACCACGCCUCUUUGCAGUGACGAUUCUGCCACUAGCUCAGAGGCACCCUCCCCCCCCUCUGUGUCAAUUACUACUCUGGAGUGUACUAACGAAACGAAUAUUGUCGACCCCCUGGAUAUCCCUUUUUUAACCGAACAAUGCGAUCUCACCACUUUUCUAGAUAGUGUGUCUGUUAUUAGUGAACCUACCUUCUCCAAUACAUGUAGUUCUGGUGCAUCGCCUAUGUUUUGCAACACAACUGUAGAAAAUACUCUCGAAACAACUACGUACAAAGACAAUGUCGACUUGUCCGAAUGCAUGCACCUGUUCCCAGACUCUCUAGAACAAUCUGUUAUUGAUCUAUCGGAUAGCGAAUUAAAUCAGCUCUUCAACACAUUGCCUUCACAAGAACCUCUUAACUGUGAAUCUGAACCUACUACUCCUGUUUCUCCUGUUGUUUCAUCCGAACCGCACACACCACAAGUUAGCAAUUCACGGAAACGAAGAAAAGUUAGUGAAAUUGAACCUAAAGAUAUCUUUCCCCCCAAAAAGUCUAAAGUAGAAAAACACGUUGAACGCAGGAUUAAGAACAAUGCAGCUUCACGAGUAUCUCGAGCUAAAAGGAGAGAAAGACACACUACCGUUUUCUCUCGAGUAGAAGAGUUGGAGGAGCAAAAUGCAAAACUGAGGAUUCAAGCUCAAGAAAUGGAAGCUGAGACAGCUAGGUUGAAGAAACUACUCGUAGAAAGAUUAAGCAAAUAAAAUUUUAUGUUCAAAGAAAAUCAUUUUGUUUUUAAUAUCUAGCUCUUUUUAUUAUGAAUUUUUACUUUUGUACAGACGUUUAAUAUUGUAUUUAAUAACUGUUGCCUUUUUAUA